AUGGCCUUGAACACCUGCUCAGCACAAGUUUAUGCUCUGCCAGAAUCCAAAGUUCUGAAAUACUCGUCAUUUCUCCUCGCUUUAAUAUUAUCAGGUGGCUCUACCGUGAUAUUCUGGGGGUUUAGGCACGCCUCCAUGUGAAGCUGUCCAUUAAGUUGCUCGACGAAAUGGAUCUAGCCGUUCAGUCCAAACGGCCUCGUAGGUCAUCAUUUACACAACAUCUGCAACGCGUACUGCAUCUCGAUAAAGGAGGCAACAGCGAUAAUGUUCAAGCACGUGCAGGCUUAGAGACGAGACCAGUCUCCUACCAGCAAACCCACUCGAAGCGAAUGUCAGAUGAGCAAGAGUCUCAUAUCGCUACGAGGACGAAUGCUUGCGACUAUCAACCCCAUGCCCCUUUGAGCUCCAUCAAUGCCGCUCCACAUGAAACAGAGUCCCGAUUCUACACAACUCAGGACUUUGCUUCGGGAUCUUUAGAGCAUGCGGAUAAGUCACCUUUUACUAAAGAAGCCCUCGGGUCAAGUAAUGGCGGGAAUGUCACUUCGAAGAAGGACAGACGAGCAACAAUGCGCUUAGAGGCAGACCGGAUCGAGCUCGAGAAACGACUUCUGAAACUUGAACAAGCGGGAAAUGCCCAGGAUUCCACCGCUUUGCGAAGAGAAUCGCGUCGCCUUACAAAAAAACAGCCAUUAGGCAGUUCAAGUAGAACAUCGAGUGCCAGCGCCGACGACACUAAAUCAUAUUCACGCUUUUCCUCCGUUUUUUCAAGACGUACAUCACGGUCCCGAUCAAGCUCCAUGAACGGGGGCGACAAUGGCUCAUCGCGACGCCAGUCAAUCGGAACCGAGGUGACAACGAAGGAUGAAUCGCCGGUUGAGCCACGGCAUUGUACUGCAUCUCCUGUUCCCAUCACCCUACCGGUGCGUCUUGGCGCGGCGAUAUCUAAAGGAUUGGCUGUCACAAACAAUGCCUUGCUUUCACAUCCGAAGGAAUCAGCACAGUCUCAAGCACACCACUCCCACUCUGGCGCAACUUCGCUAGAUACCUCUGUUAGUGUAAAUGAUCAACCUACUCUUGGGGAUGGAGUAGCUUCCCAUGCAGGACAUGGAUCCAAUCCCCACGGCGAAACUGAUCCAAAAAAGGCUUCUUUGGUGGACUCGCAUAUCUCAUCUGACCUUGAUCGCGCUUCUUUCGCGGCAACUUUAAAGCUCGGUCGAGACUCAGAUAUCAUGCAAACGGAAGCCUCCCAUAAGCAAAACACCAAAGCUCGCCGAAAGCCUUCGACUACACCUGGUACCAACCACGGAGCCGACAUCUCAGAUAGCCAGCUCAUCACUCCUAGUCUACAUCCGAGUCUAAUGAGGAAUGCCCCCACACGAUCAUUGGCGGAGAACAUGCCUCAGAGACACUCCAAGAAAUUUACCUCAUCCCCCCUUGCAGGAGCUCCUACAGUCAAUGACCUUGAUUGCCAUUCUGUUGCCGCUUCAAUUGAAAGUACAAAACUCCGAGCACCCACAGCUGCUUCCGAUAAACGGACGUCCGGCACCAAAGGCUCGCAUGCCUUGUUUUCUUCUCACACUACAGAUAAACCGAAUGGACCAGGAACUGGGGCCCAUAGCUCUCCUCUCGAUAUCACCAAUCAAAAGAAAAACACUAACUCAUUUUCAUCAUCUCAUUUACUGGAAUCGUCAAGCAGUGGCGGCAGACCAUCCUUGGACUCAGGUGAAAUUGCCACUUCAUCCCACGCAAAAAAGGGUUCUAUGUCGACCUUAAACAACCAUAAAACCAAAUUACCAAAUCAAUCUAUAGGUUCCCCCUUGAGAAAAGAAUCACAGCGCUGGCAUUUCCCAGGAUAUGUCGGACAGGGUGAACGCGCAGCGACUGAGCCUGCUUCAGAGAAGGCCAGACCUCGGGCAAUUCAGGGACACACGAAGGCUGAAGGCCAUCCGGAGUUGAAAUGUGUCAAUGCAGAACAGAAUUCGCCAAGCCGUGACACAAAGAUGUCAAAUCUUUCAUUAUCAACCAGUGUGUCCCAAGACCAAGGUUCAGAGGAAUACAACACGGCAGAUGAAGCCGUAUCAGUCCCGUCUCCGUCGCGAGACGAAGACGCCCCGGCUCAACGACCAGUGGAUUAUUUUUCAGCCAGAACCCUUCGUGGAUCUGCUCAGGGUUCUCUAGAGAAAAAGAGCCCAAUGAAUGUGCUAUCCAGUGCAGUUCUUCCACGAUCUCAGGGGCCGUCUAAUCAGGCAAAAUACCCGGUUUAUGGACAAUCAGUUGCAAAGCUGUUUGUUAUCUGUUGUCACUGCAAGUCAUGGCACGAUAUGCCGUCGGAAGUGUAUAGGAAACUAGCUUUCUCUGCUGUCUCCCAUGCAUCCACGGACCGUUCUUUUGCCUCCUCGGGAAGCCAGAUCACUCGUUCCAAUAGUCGGCACCUCUCUAAAAAGUCAACGAAUGCCCAGGGUCGAUCUUCAAGGAAUACCGAGAGCUCCAGUCAAAAGAAGCCGGAAUCGGCGUCUGCUAUGCCCCCGCCAUUUUUGGCUGUGAAAUGUUGUUGGUGCGAGCAUCGUAUCAGUAAGACAUGCUGCCAGGCAUGGACCACUGCUGUUCAUCUGUGCGAAAAACAAUCUUAGAGGUCGGAUGCGAGGGUAGAAGCUCGGGUUGACACGAUAGUACUUGUUGUAUGUAGCCUCGGUGUUCGUGGAUGUUGGGUAUCGAUUGACCCAAGGGCAGGGUAUUCUCAUUGCAAACAUAGCAGUUCAUUAUUUCGAGGAUCUGGCUAUCCCAUGCUGCUACCUUGAGCUUGGGGCUGUAUACAUUUUUAAUGACCAUAAGCACGCGGAAAUUGUCUAUCCAGGUCAAGCAACCG